AUGCCUGGCAUUCUUCCGAUGAAGGUGAUCAAGGUCGGAGUGAAUGCGCAGACGAGGAUCGCGCAGGCGUGUGACAGGUGCCGGAGCAAGAAGAUACGAUGCGAUGGCAUACGACCAUGCUGCUCACAAUGUUCCAACGUCGGCUUCGAAUGCAAGACUAGUGAUAAGCUGAGCAGGAGAGCGUUCCCGAGAGGAUAUACCGAGUCGUUGGAAGAACGCGUACGCGGUCUGGAGUCGGAGGUUCGCGAGUUGAAAGAGCUGCUUGAUGAAAAAGAUGAAAAGAUAGACGUCCUAUCCCGGAUACAUUCCCAAUCGUCGCACCCCGUACAACUUCCAUCCCCUCGAAGACCGUCGACGGUGUCGGUCGAAUCGGCCGAAGGCAAGAUCGAAUCACAGCCAAAAGAUGACUUAUUCAAAGUACAGCAGUCCCCAUAUCUCGUUGACGAGGAAGGAUCCGAUUCAUACUUUGCUGGAACAUCUAGUGGUCGCACAUUUAUUGAAGCAUUCAAACAUCGAGUACAAGAGAGCGGGCGAUCAACAGCCGACAUUGAUACUGGAUCGUUGCUCGCGAACAGCCACAGAAGAAUGUCCCUCACGCCUGGCUCGGUCGACCCAAAAUCGCCGGUGGCCUUCACUGCACCGCCACGAUUGGUGUCUGAUCAACUGGUCAAUGUCUUCUUCCAGGAAUGGGCCCCGUUGUUUCCAAUCCUCCACAAACCCACGUUUCUAAUCUUGUAUGCACGCUAUGUCGAGGACCAUGAAGCUGUUACCGACAGAGCGGAGAUCGCUCAGUUGAACCUGGUCUUCGGUAUCGCGGCCUUGUCUAGUGAUACAAGAUCCUCGGCAGACCUGGAAAGCUUCGAAAGCCAAUGGAAAGCUGCUGUUGAUGCCAUCAUUACAGAGAAUUCGAUGUCAACUCUUCAGGUUUUGGUACUGGCACAAAUAUAUUGCCUCCUACGUGGCGACCUUACAAGGCUGCAGGCCUACAAAGGUCUUUCGACGUCACUGUCCGCGAGACUUGGUCUUCAUCAAUCCCAGAAGCGAUUCGCUCUCGGCACGCUCACCGCCGAAACGAGGAGGAAGGUAUUCUGGACCUUCUACACAGUCGACAGCUUCAGCGCUGUAGUCCUGGGUCUGCCGAAGCACAUCAAGGACGACGAUGUGUAUUGCGAGUUUCCUGCCGAUGCCGAUGACGAGUACGUGACCGAGCGAGGUUUCCAGCCAACCUUGCCGGGCGAGUCAACCAAGUUGUCCAGCGCCCUCGCUCUCUUCCGACUUUCGAGAGUUUUAUCAAGAAUUCUUGAGGAAGUCUAUCCAGCUAAGAAUACUUACGAGUUGUCUUUGAAGAAACUCAGUGAGCUCUCCGAUGAGCUCGAUGCAUGGAGCAAAUCUCUGGCGCCUCAUCUACGCUUGCAAUUCGCUCAGGAUAAACCGAGCACAGGCACCAUUAGCAGUCGAUCGCCACUGCUAUCCUUGACUUACCACUACGUGCGAGCUUUGAUUCACCGCCCAGCGAUAUGCGCAUCUCUCGGGGCGCGUUCGUCGUCAUCGAUGAUGGCAAUGGCAAGCUCGUGCAAACACAUCAUCCAGAUCGUGCAACUUCUGGACGAAAGGAGUCUCAGCUUCUCGUUCUGCCUGAACCGGGACGAAGCCCUUGUAAUGGCUGGUUUUGGUCUCCUCUUCCAGGGUCUGGGUCUGGAAUCCACUUCAAAGAUCCUGAAAGAUAACAGCAAAAUGAUCGCUGCAGUGACAAGCAUUUUGAAGAAGACCGAAGCACCAUGUGCAGCAGACUUCGAACGUGUCGCUAAGUCUUUCGUCCCGGCUCACGCAACGCCUCCGGCAGCAUCAGCGACCAGAAUGCCGCCACUAUCGAGACACAACUCCGAGGGAUCCCAGUCGAUCACAAGCGUACAGUCCUCGACCAAGAAGCAGCUCAAAGCUAUCGCUUCACGAUUCACGGCGAGCGCUAACUCGAAAACGCCAAAGCUGGAUGCCUCAGAUGGAGGUCGCAGGCAGACCGUACCAAAUAUCAGCUUGCACCCGUACACUACGCAUAGCCAGAGUCAGCCUUCUCUGCGACCAUCAACACUGACGAGAUACGAUCCAUCGUCUGUCUCUCGUUCGGAGCCGGCGCGUAGCCCAGUGAAUAUGCACGCGCGGCCCCCUUCCACGGCCACUGCUCGACCUUCAGUAGCACCAACACAACAUCGGCCCAAAGCAAAACCGUCCGCGAAGAAGUUCCCCAAUCUCGAUUACCUUUCUUUUGGCAACGAGCCGGAAACGCAAGCACCUGCAGCCAGCCGUACUGUGCAGCCCAUCAAGACUGAGCCAGGUCCGACGGAUUGGGAAAAGCUCCUGGGGUCACUAGACAACGGCGAGACGAAUAUCUACGAUGCGUGCUAUGGCGGACCGCCGGUGGAUGCUCUCCUCGAUGCACCUUCUCUUGGUCUUCAUAACAACCAUUCGACACUCGCCGUCGCCGACGGCUCCAUCGUAUGGAGCGCAGACCUUUGGGCCCUUUGUCAGACGGAGACGAAUGCCCGUUCAUCAUCUGGUCUGACCCCAAGCGCACCACUCUCUUUCACGACCGAUGAUGGACUGAGCAGUCCCGAGGACUUCAGUGCUGAAUGGGCCAGCGCGAGCACACAGAGCGAGACUUAUCGGGGCAUCGUAUUACCGCAUGGUGAUGAUACAGCAUUUGCAAGCACUUGGGACUCUGGGUUGAAUCUUUGA